AUGACCGAGCUGGUCCCCAAAGCUGCACACGGAGGCUCUCUGGUGUCCAAAGUGAUCGCGGUGGACGCGGACUCCGGGCAGAACGCCUGGCUGUCCUAUCAUAUAGUCAAAUCCACUGAUCCGGGUCUUUUCACUAUCGGUCUCCACAGCGGAGAGAUCCGGACCCAGCGGGACAUUUCUGAGUCUGACAGCAUGAAACAGAACCUCAUUGUGUCGGUGAAGGAUAACGGACAGCCCUCUCUCUCUGCCACCUGCUCCAUGUAUUUACUUAUUUCUGAUAACUUGGCUGAGGUGCCAGAACUGAAGGAUAUUUCUUAUGACGAGAAGAACUCCAAACUGACCUCUUAUCUGAUCAUCGCGCUGGUGUCCGUGUCCACCCUUUUUCUGACCUUCAUCAUCAUCAUCCUGGGUGUGAGGUUCUGUCGCAGGAGAAAGCCCAGACUGUUGUUUGAUGGGGCAGUUGCCAUCCCCAGCGCGUAUCUCCCUCCUAAUUACGCAGACGUUGACGGCACAGGAACUUUACGCAGCGCCUACAAUUAUGACGCGUACCUGACAACAGGUUCUCGAACCAGUGACUUUAAGUUUGUGAGUUCUUACAAUGACAACACACUGCCUGCUGACCAGACCCUGAAGAAAAGUCCAUCAGACUUCGCUGAUGCGUUUGGGGACUGUGAUGAUUCUUCUGAGUCUGCACACGGAGACCUGAGCUAUUCUGUCCAGGAGGAACUCAAGCCCGGAUCUGUUAUUGGAAAUAUCGCCAAGGAUCUCGGCCUGGACGUGGGAAGGCUGUCUGCUCGCAAAGCUCGUGUUGACAUGGAAGGAAACGACAGACAGUAUUGCGGGAUUAACCUUCGAAACGGAGAUUUAAUUGUUGCGGAAAGAAUCGACCGAGAGGAGCAUUGUGGAGAAAAGCCUUCGUGCGUUCUUAAAUUCGACUUGCUAUUAGAAAACCCACUGGAGUUACACCGGUUGUCCCUGCAGGUGCAGGACAUAAACGACAAUGCACCAUUUUUCCCGAAGGAUAUUAUUAAAUUUGAAAUCAGAGAGUCAGCUGUCAAAGGAGCUCGGUAUCGUAUAAAUGCAGCACACGAUGCCGAUAUAAACAAGAACUCCGUUGAAAGCUACAUUUUGCAACAAAACCCUCAUUUUCUUUUCAGUAGUCAGACGACAAAUGCUGGUAGAAAAUAUGGUGAGUUGGUUUUAGAUAAAGAGUUGGACCGAGAGGAGCAGCAGGAAAUGAAAUUAUUACUCACCGCUGUAGACGGAGGCUCUCCUCAGAGAUCCGGUAUUGUCGUCAUACACGUCAUUGUACUUGAUGCAAAUGAUAACGCCCCAGUUUUUACUGAGGCCGUUUAUCAAGCCACGUUACCGGAGAACUCUGCUAUUAAUACGCCAGUUAUCACUGUCAGUGCGUCAGAUGCAGACGAAGGUGUCAACGGAGAUGUUACUUAUGAAUUCAGCCGACAAUCUGAUAAAUCACGAAAUAUGUUUUCAAUAAAUGAAAAAACUGGAGAAAUCAGUGUGACAGGUGACAUUGAUUAUGAAGAGGGAUCGAAAUAUGACGUGUUUGUUGAAGCUAAAGAUGGUUAUGGACUAUCUUCAGAGGCAAAAGUGAUUAUUGAGAUUACUGAUGUAAAUGACAAUGCCCCGAUGAUAUAUCUGAAAUCACUGACGAGCCCGAUACCUGAGAACGUGUCACCUGGUACAGAGGUGGGCAUCAUCAACGUGCAGGAUAGAGACUCUGAGGCGAACAGACAGGUCCGCUGCUCCAUUCAGCAACACGUCCCUUUUAAGUUGGUUCCUUCUAUUAAAAACUAUUAUUCUCUGGUGACUACAGGACAACUGGACCGUGAACUAGAGUCUGAUUACAACAUUACAAUCACUGCCACUGACGAGGGCUCUCCACCUCUGUCCUCCUCUAAAACUGUCCAGCUGUCUGUAGCAGACAUCAACGACAACCCACCUGUGUUUGAGGAACAGUCCUACAGCGCUUAUGUGACUGAAAAUAACAAACCUGGCUCCACUUUAUGUUCCGUUACCGCUCGAGACCCCGACUGGAGACAAAACGGUACCGUGGUUUAUUCUCUGUUACCUGGGGAGGUGAACGGCGCCCCGGUGUCCUCCUAUCUCUCCGUUAACGGAGACACGGGGGUGAUGCACGCUGUGAGGUCGUUUGAUUAUGAACAGUUCAGGAGUUUUAAAGUGCACGUGAUGGCCAGAGACAACGGUUCUCCUCCGCUCAGCAGCAACAUAGUGUAUGCCGCCCCGGAGGGCAACUCCUUCAUGACCGAGCUGGUCCCCAAAGCUGCACACGGAGGCUCUCUGGUGUCCAAAGUGAUCGCGGUGGACGCGGACUCCGGGCAGAACGCCUGGCUGUCCUAUCAUAUAGUCAAAUCCACUGAUCCGGGUCUUUUCACGAUCGGUCUCCACAGCGGAGAGAUCAGGACCCAGCGUGACAUUUCUGAGUCUGACAGCAUGAAACAGAACCUCAUUGUGUCGGUGAAGGAUAACGGACAGCCCUCUCUCUCUGCCACCUGCUCCAUGUAUUUACUUAUUUCUGAUAACUUGGCUGAGGUGCCAGAACUGAAGGAUAUUUCUUAUGACGAGAAGAACUCCAAACUGACCUCUUAUCUGAUCAUCGCGCUGGUGUCCGUGUCCACCUUUUUCCUGACCUUCAUCAUCAUCAUCCUGGGUGUGAGGUUCUGUCGCAGGAGUAAGCCCAGACUGUUGUUUGAUGGAGCAGUUGCCAUCCCCAGCGCGUAUCUCCCUCCUAAUUACGCAGACGUUGACGGCACAGGAACUUUACGCAGCGCCUACAAUUAUGACGCGUACCUGACAACAGGUUCUCGAACCAGUGACUUUAAGUUCGUGAGUUCUUACAAUGACAACACACUGCCUGCUGACCAGACCCUGAGGAAAAGUCCAUCAGACUUCGCUGAUGCGUUUGGGGAUUGUGAUGAUUCUUCUGAGGAUUAA